AUUGCAUUUACGGGCGUGCAAGCUGGUGUCUGUACAGGAAGUCAGAAAUUGAUCAGUUUUCUGAACGGGUUAUUAUGUCGCAUUCAUUUCAGCUUCUGUAAUCGACAUGUGUUACGAAAUAUAGUUUUAAACAUCAAGUGAUUAAUUACUUCCUUUGCGCAUUUUGUGUUCGACAGGACUAUAACCACUGACGAGAUGGGGGAGGUGGAGUUAUCCUGCCUGGCCUAUGUGAAGAUGUAUCUACACGCUUGCUUGUUUCCACGGUGCAGCGUGAACGGCCUGCUGUUAUCUUCCAAUCCAGCAGGGGGCGGCGUGUGUGUUACAGACUGUGUACCUCUGCUCCACUCUCACCUGCCCCUAGCACCCAUCACCCAGGUUGCCCUCACACAGGUGGAUGUAUGGUGUGCACAGACACAGCAGAGGAUUGUGGGAUACUAUCAAGCCAAUGCGUGCAUAUCAGAUAGCAGUCCAACACCUUGUGCCUUGAAGAUUGCGGAUAAGAUUGCUGAACAGUGUAAUGGAGCGGUGCUGCUUAUGAUUGAUGGUGCCAAAAUGUCUCCAGGAUACAGGGUGCCUCCAAUAGUGAUGUAUGAGCGCAAAGACUCCCGCUGGAUACUGAAAGACAAACACACGGUAAUGCUAAGACAGUGGGAAGAGACACGUUCAAUAGCCAACCAGCUACUGGACUCAGGAGAUCACACACUUUUGGUGGAUUUUGAUAGCCAUUUGGAUGACAUAACAAAGGACUGGACCAAUCAAAAACUGAAUGCUAAAAUAGCAGAAUUGGCAUCUCCUGUCAACGGGAAUGUGUGAUUUUAUGUAUGGGUGUAGGAAUGGACAUUAAAUAAACUUUAUGAAAAACUGAUGUGAAAUGUUCCAAAAAAUGGCAACUUUUAAAAUUAUUUGCAUUGAUUAGAUUUGUUGUAAUGUACUAUACAUUGUGUCAUACUAUACCAGACGCUGAAAUAGGUUAAAUAUGUAUUUAUUUUUUAACAUACACACUUCAGAACCCUUGACAAACAAUUAUGUUUUCGAUAAAUACAACAAACAAAAAAAAACUACUAGUUCUGUGCCUUUUACUAAAAUAAAUUGUUGUAGUGGACAUUAGAAAGUACAAAACAAAUAUUUACUUCUUGUGGUCUGUGUUGCUGUAUUCAUACACCUGUUAAAGUAUGCUUUUAAUCUACAUUUUGACCAACUAA